GGUCACAUGCAAUCCGAACAUCUUUGCUAGUAUUUUGCUUUUAUAUAUCGCUAUUACCAUGACCAAAACGUCGGAAGAGAGUACUGAAAAUUCUUCAUUUAUACCCGUGCGCCGAAAUGCAGACGAAACGAAUAAAUUCGGCGAAAGGUCUGCGUCUUCUUUUGGUGCCCGACAUGUUCAAGCCCUGAUAAUGUUCUCCCUCAGCGUCAUUGCCUUCGGAGCGCGAGCUUUUCUAUCGGUGGCCAUUGUAGCAAUGACAGAUCCAAAUACCAACACGAACUCAGAAGUUCCGACGUAUCCCGAAUGGACAGACAAAAGCAUAGUGCUCUCUGCCUUCUUCUGGGGUUACGUCCUUCCCCAGGCUUUCGCGGGUUGGGCAGCUAAUCGUUAUGGACCAAAGUGGUUUUUGGUAGUCACCAUGGCUAUUGGCUCGUGUCUGGGUAUAUUAGUGCCAUGCACUGCGGCGCAUUUAGGAUCUAAAGGAGUUAUGGCAAUAAGAGCAGUACAAGGAAUCACUCAAGGUUUUGUCUACCCGUCAAUUCAUUACCUUUUGAGUCAGUGGGCUCCGCUGUCAGAACGGUCUAGAAUGGGAACAUUUGUAAUGGCUGGUGGACCUCUGGGUACGGUAAUCUCCCUGCUGAUUACCGGCGUUUUAGCAUCUAGCAAAUACGGAUGGCCGUUGGUAUUUUACUUCUACGGUGUAUUGGGUUUGUUGUGGUGUAUAGUGAUGGUACUUUGUGGAUAUAAUAGCCCAGUUGAACAUCCUUCUAUUAACAGUUCUGAAAGAUCUUUCAUUGAAAGUAGCUUGGGCCAUGCCGAUGGAAAGAUGAGGCAUCCGACUCCGUGGAAAUCCAUAUUUCUUUCCACACCCGUUUGGGCUCUAUUAAUCGCCCAGAGCGGCUACAGUUUCGUAUUCUACGUCCUCCUUACUCAAAUACCAAGUUAUUUGAACCACGUUAUGGAGUUUGACAUUGCGAAUAACAGUCUUCUGUCGUCUCUUCCCUACUUUGUGCUGUGGAUUCUCAGCUUCGUAUUUAGUGUUACGUCAGACGCAGCGAUAAAUAGGAAAGUGUUAUCGGUGGGUGCGUCCCGGAAGCUGUUUAACGGAAUCGGAAUGGUAAUACCAGCAAUCGCAUUGGUAAUAUUGGGCUACACAAGUCGCGAACAAACCACUCAAGCCAUAAUAUUGAUGGUAUUAUCGGUCGGCUUUUUAUCGGCAACUUUGUCUGGAUGGGGAGUGAAUCACAUUGAUUUAAGUCCAAAUCACGCUGGGACAUUGAUGGGACUUAUAAAUGCUGCGGCUAAUUGCUUCGGGAUAGUAGCACCUUUGUUGGCACAGUUCGUUGUUACUGAUCAGGAAGACACCGUUCAAUGGAGAAUUGUGUUUCUAAUUUCUGCCGCAAGUAAUAUCGCUGUUACGGUUUUGUUCACUAUUUUUGGAUCUGGAGAAGUUCAACCUUGGAAUAUGGAAGAACACGAAAAUUCUAAGAGGUAAACAUCAAUACAAGUAGAAGACUGUCUCGUCUUCAAAGUUUCAUUUCGACAUUCCCGAC